UUUCUAGAGAAAUGGAUGAAACAUUACAACAUAUGUCAAUACUUUGCUCUAAAGAAAAUUCUCACCCUGAUAACAUAGAUUUGGACUGUUCAAACACCAUAACAGUUUUUCAUGAACAUUUCAUUGAAAAUAGUGAUAACGAUUCAUUGAGUCAUACUAAAAUGUUAACAACCAAGAAAGCUAAGCGGAUUCGAUUUUUCAGAAAUGGUGAUAAAUUUUUUAACGGUAUUGUCAUUGCCGUUACACCAGAAAGAUAUAGAUGUUUUGAUAGCCUUAUUUCAGAUUUAACAAGAGCCUUAAUUUCAAAUGUGAAUCUGCCAAACGGUGUUAGAAUUAUUUAUACUAUGGAUGGAAAAAAAGUCCACAGCAUAAGUGAUUUAGAAGAUGGUAAAUGUUACGUAGUUUCAGGUCAAGGUGAAAUUUUUAAAAAAAUUGGCUAUUCCUCCUUAGUAAAAAAAGGCAAUUUAGUAACAGGAUUUCCAUUAUCACCUUCAGUUAACGUAAGACAAGCUAACACCGUUUCGCUUUGCAUUAAAGCAAAAAUAAUAACGUUGAUUCGCAGUGGUAUAAAACCACGUAAGAUUGUGAGAUUACUAUUAAAUAGAAGAAACUCAACCAGUGUGGAACAUAUUUUGGAAUCAAUCACAGAAGUCAUAAAGUUAGAUUCAGGGACAGUAAAAAAAGUUUAUUCAUUAUCAGGACAGCAAAUCAUAAGUUUAGAGCAGUUUUUCAGUAAAGAUGACAUUUUUAUCAUAUAUGGCAAUGAAAAAUUGAAUCAUGAAGAUUUUGAACUUGAUUAUGAAGAAUCCAAAUGUGUUAAAAGUUUUCACAAAGGGCACUUUAAUUUUCAAAAACACAAUGGACCUAUGCCUAAAAUGCCAGCUCGUAAGACCGACAAAAGAUUAUUAAAUUUUUCGCCAACAAGAACUACCAGCCCAUUCAAAAUAGAUUUGCCGGAUUCAUUUAAACUCGAGUACAGUGUAGGACACAUCAUUGGAGAUGGAAAUUUUGCUGUUGUAAGGCAUUGUAUACACAAGUUAGACAUGAGUGCUGCAUCCUUUCCAAAUGUCCAAUCCUAUCCUCAUCCUCAUAACCGUACAUUCCCAGGUCCUAUAAUCUGGCCUUCCCGCCCUCCUGAUCCCAAUCCUCUGGAUUACUUCCUCUGGAGCAUGAUAAAAGAUGCCGUCUACAGAUAUUCAGUCCACGAUGUGGAAGAUCUAGAAGACUGUUCAAGUGCUGUGUUUGAAAGUGUUACACCAAAAAUGGUGGUCAGAGCAAUGGAUCAUUUGUCCACAGACUCGAAUGCUGUCUAG